AUGGAGCUACGUAUCAGAAAGCAACCACAAGUCGCAACUAUUCUCCACAACUUGAUCCACAAGGAAGUCAAGGUCUACGUUGAUGAUAUCAUCGUCAAAUCUAAGAAUCGAGUUGAACAUAUCGCGAACUUGGAGAAAUUCCUUCAGAGGAUUCGGAAAUACCAUCUUCGUUUAAAUCCAAUGAAGUGCACCUUCGGUGUUACUACUAGUAAGAUGAUGGGAUUUAUGAUUACUCAAAGAGGAAUAGAAGUCGACUCUAGCAAGAUUGCAGCCAUCACAGCCAUGCCAACACCCCGAAAUGAGCGAAAAAUCAUUCUUUUGCCGUGUCUGACCAAAUGGAUGAUGAGGAUUUCAGAAUAUGAUAUCUCAUAUACCGUUCAGAAAUUAGUCAAGGGUAGUGUGUUAGCUGAUUUCCUAGAUGAUCAGCUAAUUACUGUUGAAGAUGACGACGAAGAGAUGAUUUUCCCAGAUGACGAGAUUAUGACCAUUCAAUUUGAAGCAUAG